AUCAGCAUGACUACCUAGGCUAUCCUUUCGUCUUGACAACUACACCCGGCCAACAAUCUGGGGACGAGUUCCGAUCCCAACACGACAAAGAUGAACUUUGUGUACCAUUCUAUGCCCAUGCUGUGCGUUAGUCCUGAAUUUGGAGAUCAGCUGUUCGACUUAUGCGUUCGACAUGUCCGUCACGGAGAUACGCGCUCUCGGGCCUUGAGAACUUCGACUUUGUUGUCAGCGAGAAGGUCAAGCAUUUCAAAGAAUUUGCGAAGAACGACAAUUUCAAUCAGGUGUUACAGCCAGGGAUCUACGCCAGAUACUCUGAGCUGGUUAUGGGGCAUAAUCUUUCUGACGACUGUACUAUGCCGUCUGCCUGGCUGGAUCUCACUAUCACCAGCGUGGUGAAGCACGAAAAAACUUGCAAGUCCUACUACGUAGAAGGAAGAGCCGACCAUAGCAUGUCGACUGGGCUGUGGUAUGGAGACAAGACCAUUCAGAGAUCGCGCUUUCCUGAGACAAGAGGGAUCCUGGCUAUGGCUACGGGAGCAACGUUGGAGAUGGAUAACGCCUCGGCCCUGAACAUACCAAUGGGCAUCACAGUGCCGAAAUUCCUGGUGUAUCACGAGAGUUGAGUGCAAAACCUCAAUCACGGGCGCGUCUACCUUCCGACAUCAACGCUCAUUCGAUUGCGCAGGGUUGCUAAACGAAAUGGGAGUCGUGUAGGUAGAGCAUAGAAACAUG